ACUAACCUAACCUAGAUCAAGAGAUAAUAUCACAAGUUAUAGACGACAAGCUCAACAUCUAGCACGGGGACUCAUAUUGUGUCUCAACACCAGAACCUGCUGCUAUAACACGUAUUUAUCCUGGUCAUCGAAAUGCAGUCUGCAGACCGUGAUCACUUCUUCGAGACAGAUGCUGUUCAAGCCUCGCGGCAACGCAAGGCUGCCAAGGCAAGCAACAAGAAUGGCGACCCCGUAAUUAUGAAGUCCAAGAUUCUUGCAGCCGUCCCAGACCCUGCUGCACCUCUCACUUCCGUGUUCAUUGCUGAGUCUGCUGGAGCGGUUCGCCGAAUCAACCUCGAGACCUCGGAGACAAAAACGACUUACCGUGGGCCAAAAGCCCCUGUAACUUGUCUCGCGACAGGAGGUCAAGAAAACAAGACGGUCUUUGCAGGUUCGUGGGACAAGGAUAUCUGGUCAUGGGACAUUGAGACCGCCAAACCUGGCCGCAAGUUCAGCGGCCAUACCGACUUUGUAAAGACCAUUGUAUGUGCUACCGUCUCAGGCAAGCACAUUCUCAUCAGUGGAGGUGCCGACAAGAAGAUUUUCGUCUGGGACGUAGAGUCAGGCAAACGACUGCAUACCCUGCAAGAUCCCACGACGACAAUGCUUGCCGUCCAGCACCUCGCCAUCGAUCCUGUACUCAGCGAUACUACCGCUGUCGUAUUUGCCAGCGCAGGCAGCGACCCGCACAUCCGACGGUGGAAGGUCACACUGGACAGUUACGAGCAGCUGCCCGAAUCUUUCUCCGACCGCCCCGAUGCUGAGCGACUUACCAUCCAGGAACACGAGACCAGCAUUUACCGACUUGUCUUUGACCAAAUGAGUGAGGAUGCAGAUCUCUGGACUGCCAGUGCUGACGGAACUGCAAAAUGCUUGGCGCGUUCAAGGAACUUUGUCGGUGAUGACACGCUCACACACGGGGACUAUGUACGAGGUGUUCUCGUAACAGACCAAUGGGUCAUCACGGCAGGCCGCGAUGAGAAUGUCAAGGUCUGGGAUCGCUCAUCUGGUAAACUGUACUGUACAUUGGUUGGCCACUACGAAGAAGUCACCGACCUCGUUCUGCUCCAGGACACAGACGGUACCCCUCGCAAGGUUUGCAGUGUUAGUAUCGACGGUACUGUCCGCACAUGGCCGCUCGGAAAGUCCGAGCUCGACGAGGUCGUUGUCAAAAUCCAGAAGGCUGCAGAACCGAAAAAGGAAGAAGAGGAGAAGGGUGGCAAUGUGAUGACGGCCGAGGAAGAAGCUGAGCUCGCAGAACUCAUGGACGACUAGACCACCUCAGCAAAAUAGCAACACUGACAUGACUUUUCCCCCUUUGAAAAUAGUUGGGCUCUGACCGUCUUUCUCACGGUCUUUCUGGUGUUUCUCGAGCCCCUGAAACACUUGCCAU